GCAGCGUCCCUGGCCCAAACUGGCCCAGGGCAGCCGUGCCCGCGUCCACGUCCACGUGGGCAUCUGCUAUUUGCGGCAAGCAGUGCAGCAGUACACACAUCUCCGUGAUCUCGGCCUCCUUGGCUCCCCGGCCGUCGUGUACUCCGGGUGUACUACUCCUCCUUCGCCCGCUGGGGGUGUCGUACGAGAGUACUGCACACGCGCCCGCCGCCCGCAUAUAUACGCUACGGCGCCGGCCCAAACGCAAAACCCCCCCAAAAAGGUCCAAAACCACACAAGAAUCGGCGAAUCAGCAGAGCCAAGCGCCGAUGGACAUGGGAGGAGGGCAUCACGACAUGGGCGGCAUGGCCAUGGCCCCGCCGCCUGCUGCCGCUGCCGCUGCGGCGCACGGGGGCAACAAGCGGACGCACUACAUGCACAUGACCUUCUACUGGGGCAAGGACUCGGAGAUCCUCUUCGACGGCUGGCCCGGCGCGCGCGGCGGCAUGUACGCGCUCGCGCUCGUGGCCGUCUUCGCCCUGGCAGUGCUCGUCGAGUACCUCGGCUCCCGCGGCGGCCUGGGCCUGGCCAAGUCCCGCGGCCGGCGCGCCGCGGCGGCGGCCGUGCACGCGGCGCGCGUCGGGCUCGCCUACGUGCUCAUGCUCGCGCUCAUGUCGUUCAACGUCGGCGUGCUCCUCGUGGCCGUGGCCGGCCACGCCGCCGGGUUCCUGCUGUUUAGGGCCGGCGUGUGCGGCGGGCGGGCGCAGGUGGAGGAAGGGGACAAGGAAGACCUCCUGGCGCCGGCGGCGUGCUGCUAGGCCCGUCGUCGGUCUAGUCUUAUCCGUUGGGCUCGGAAAGUCGGUUGGUGCCAUCGAUCCUGUUAAUCUGGCGGGCCUCGGUGGGUUGGCUUCGCUGGCAAGGCCCACAUGUUGCAUGCAAAGUUUCUGGUUAGUAGUGCCCCAUUUGUUAGCCGCGAUCUGGGAAAAUUGAUGGUGUGCUGUAUGUAUCUCAUCGCCAUGUUUAUCUAUCUGCAUCUGCCAGAGUAAAUGUUAUUCACUACAUUCUUGAUUUACUUGCAUCGAUCGGUCUGGCUUUAAUUGUUAUUCCUGGAAAUUAUUUUCUCCA